AUGGCGCCAUCGCCGCUGCAGCUGCAGGUGCCUGCGUCGGCGUCGGCGUUGCACGGUGCCCACAUGAACGGAGGAGAAGGGGACGCCAGUUACGCCAAGAACUCCACGCCUCAGAGGCGCGUGCAGCAGAGGCUCGCCCCACUGGUGGAGGCCGCCGUGGCGGACGUGUGCCGUGACGCCGCCUCCGUGCCGCGGAGCAUCGGCAUCGCGGACCUUGGCUGCUCGUCCGGGCCCAACACGCUGUUCUUGGUCUCCGCGGCCGUCGACGCCGUGCGCCGCAGGUGCGCGGCCGCUGGCGCCACCUGCCCGGAGCUCCACGUCUUCCUUAACGACCUCCCCGACAACGACUUCAACGCCGUCUUCAGGCAGCUCCCCGAGUUCCUGCGGCGGGAGCAGAGCCGGAGGGAGCUGGACGCCGGCAACGUCCUUGUCUUCGGCGCGCCGGGGUCGUUCUUCGGCCGGCUCUUCCCGGCGGGGAGCCUGCACCUGGUCUGCUCCUCCUUCAGCCUCCAUUGGUUCUCCCUAGUUCCCAGAGAACUGGCCCACGGCGAGCUGGUGAACAGAGGGAACAUCUGCGCCGGCCGGACGAGCUCACCCGCGGUGAUCGAUGCGUACACGCGGCAGUUCAGCAGGGACCUCACGCUGUUCCUCGAGUCGCGGGCCGUGGAGGUCGUCGCCGGCGGCUGGGUGCUGGUUUCCCUCAAGAGACGGUCGGCCAGGGACCCCUGCAGCGAGGGCUGCGCCAUGUACGACCACCCCAACAGCAUCCUAAACGACAUGGCCUCGAGGGGACUCCUGGAGGCGGCGAAACUGGACUCGUACAACAUCCCAGCGUACGAGCCAUGCGCCGAGGAGGUGCGGGGGAUCGUGGACGCGGAGGGCUCGUUCAAGAUCGUCGGGAUGGAGUCCUACGAGACGGCGGCGUCGGUGGGCACCGCGGCGGUGACGGCGUGCGACCCGGCGGGUUUCGCCAGGACCAUGCGCGCCGUGCACGAGCCGAUGCUGGCGCGCCACUUCGGCGCUGGCAUCAACAUGGACGAGUUCAUGAGUACGGCGGAGGGGCACUUCGGCCGGCUGAUCAAUGAAGGAACCUACAGGGGAGCCCUCGUGCACGUCCUGUCUCUUAGGAGGAAAUGCAAGUUCUGA